UCUCAUGCUUUCAGGUGCACAGAAGAUACGCGGACAUCUGCUAAAUAGCACGUUGUCGUCAGACGCGAGUGAAAGUGCGAAACAGGCGGCUGUUGAGGACUACAUCAACCAGUGUCGUUCAGAAGCUGAAACGGAAUGCUUUAAUGGCUUUCCCGAUAGUCUGGAUUGGUUCAACUGCUCUGCUCUCUCUCUCGACGAGCACUUGCAUCAUAAGCUCCUGAUAUUGGACUUUUUCACGUAUUGCUGCAUUAACUGCAUACACGUCUUGCCUGACCUUCACGCUGUCGAGCAUCAGUACAAACAUACAGAUGGUCUGGUUGUCGUCGGAGUUCACUCAGCCAAGUUUGAUAACGAGAAAGACUCUCAGAAUAUUUUAAACGCUAUUUUACGAUACGACAUUGACCACCCGGUUGUCAACGAUUGCGAUGGUAUUCUCUGGAGUCAGAUGGGUGUAUCCGGAUGGCCGACGAUGUUGGUUGUUUCUCCUGAUCGUCGAGUUCUUCAUCAGUUUGUCGGAGAAGGUCAUCGUGACAACAUGCUCACGUUUGUCGGAGCAGCUCUGAAGUACUAUGAACGUGAACGGUUACUGGAUAAGUCGGCUGUUACUAUGUCACUAGCUAAAGAUCAAAUUCUAACAUCACCGUUGAAAUUUCCAGGGAAAGUAUGUGUAGACGUGGUUGGUGAUCGACUGUUUGUGUCCGACACUGGACAUCACAGAAUUGUUGUGAUCAACAUGGAUGGGCUGGUUAUUGAUGUGAUCGGUGGGCCAAUACGUGGAUUUCAAGAUGGAGACUACAACUCGACACGUUUCCAUGCACCUCAAGGAUUAGUGUGGUGCGAUGAUAUAUUGUAUGUAGCUGAUACUGAUAAUCAUGUCAUUCGAAAGGUUGAUUUGAAAGCUCGAAAGGUGACAACAUUAGUUGGGACUGGACAGCAAGGUGGUGAUCAUCAGGGUGGUAAGAUUGGUGUCGAACAAGCCAUUAGUUCUCCUUGGGACGUCUGCAUUGCUAGUUUACCAGGCAAUACGGGAGAAUGCAAGCAUGGUCUCUUUAUUGCAAUGGCAGGGACUCAUCAAAUAUGGACAUAUUUUCUUCAGGAUGGUCCGUGGCUGAAACGCAGCUCGUAUUCAGCUGGCACGUGUGUUCGGUUUGCGGGUAGUGGGGCCGAAGAGAAUCGCAACAACUCAUAUCCUCAUAAAGCUGCAUUUGCUCAGCCGUCGGGUCUUACAGUGGCUAGUCAGGAUGGCCGUUGUUGUUUGUAUGUGGCUGACAGUGAGAGCAGUAGCAUCAGGUCUGUGAGUCUUCAGGAUGGAGCAACGAAAGCUGUUGUGGGAGGAGCACUGGAUCCCAUGAAUUUGUUUGCUUUUGGUGAUGUUGAUGGCAAAGGUGUAGAUGUCAAGUUACAGCAUCCUCUUGGAGUCUCAUAUAACAGCGAAGACAAUCAUCUAUAUGUCGCUGACUCCUAUAAUCACAAAAUUAAACGUGUUAAUCCUUUGACUCGUGAGUGUGUCACCAUGUGUGGAAAUGGAGCGGCAGGUGCAGCUGUUGGCUCGUAUGGUAGUGCACAGUUCUCUGAACCGGGAGGUUUAUGUGUAUCACACGACAGCUGCAAGCUCUAUGUGGCUGACACCAACAAUCAUUGUAUUAAGAUUGUAGACCUAGAAUCGAAACUUGUUUCUCAGUUGGUUGUCAGAGAAGCUGCUGUUGUUAAGCAAGUCAAAGAGAAACGUGUGGCUCCUAGAGGAACUGCUGUCACUCAACUGCCUCCAUUGUGUAUGAGAGAUGGGAUUACAAGGAGCAUUCGGUUGCACAUUGAGCUCCCUGCAGGCUGUCAUUUUACUGAGGGAGCUACGAGUUGUUGGAAAAUUGUUAUUCCAGAAGGAUGCCCCAUCAAAGUGUUGGGUGACAAAUCAGGUUCAAUCAGUUCUAUCCAAGAUGUUUGUAUCUCUCUUUCUUGCACUUCAGCAGUCCAUCUAACUGAAUCAUCAUUUGAGGUUGAAGCUGUGGUAUAUUUCUGUGAGGAGUCAGGUCUGUGUCGUGUACAGGGUGCUAAGUUUCAGGUUCCAGUCAAUAUUUUGGAAAGCAGUGAGAUAUCGGCAGGUUUGCAUGAUGAUUAUACGAUGACUAUUGAAUGUAAAGUGUAAGAAUGAGCUUUGCAGUAGAGGAAGCUAAUUUGUAUAGGUAAUGAACUUGACUGACUUUGUUUUUAGAAUUGCCUAGAAAUUUAUUUGUUAAAUGAACAUAAAAUAUUUGAUUGCA